AUGGCAACUCCAACGCCAGGGGAAAAGUUGGCAGACAAGGCUCCGAAACCCGGCCUGCCGCAGCAGGGACGCACUCCGUCCGUUUUCCCAGCAGCGACCCCGCCAGUAUCGACGCCCUUCUCGUAUGCGCACAUCGCAUUUUCCCCUCGAGGGCCCAAGUCAUCCCCGCAGCAAUUUAAGAAGUCGCCAGCGACGUCGGCAACACUAAUGGGUCACACGAAUGCGCCUCUCAACUUUGACAGCCCCUCAGCAGCAGCAGCUAUGGGUGCGCUUGGCAUCGGAGGCGGGAUGGACCUAGGCCUGGACAACGUCAGCGUCAACGGGCUCGGUGGUAUCGGGGGUCUUACUGGCGAGGACGACAGAAUCAAGCGUCUGGAUACGAUCAUCGACAUUAUCGGAAACGCUAAAGGACGCGUCAGCGAAGCUGGCCUCGAACGCCUGUCUCAGCGUACAGGACUUAACAAGAUUUGGGAAGACCACAGAACGCCUGACGGCAAAGUAAAGAAGACAUUAGUGAUUGCUGGCCACGGCCUCCAACUAGACAUCAUCCUCGACAACAAUAUUGUGGAAGGCGUCACGCUUGCGUUUCCUGAGUCCGAGUCACCCAUUGUCGCAAAACACGUCGACAGCGCGGGGCAGAUUUUGCUACGCGACUUGCAGCUUCUGCCAGACCAAAGUCCACUGACGAAGAAGAUAGACGAAUUCGCUGCCAAUCUCGAACGGCUUGCAACACUGGACAAGCUUAGCAUAUUUCCUGGCUUGGACUGCCAAGAAGCAGUUGCGGGCAUCUUUGAGAGCCUGGAAAGGCUAUAUAAUUGGGAGUUGGCACGGGUCAAGGAGGACGCGGCCAUGACAGGAAAGCCAGACGUUCUACUGGAGAGGACCGUCCAAUGUUCAAGAAGCGGCCGUCCCGCCAUGCAUGCGCGCGACCAGGUCGGGUUGUCUCUUGAUUACUGGGCCGAACGGCACCUUGUACCACCCAAGAUCCCAGCGACCGAGACGUACUGCGCAAACGCCGAACAGAUUUGGUCUAUCAUAGUCGGAUGCAGACCCUUGGACGGCGAGCUCUACCCCCCUAUCCGAAUUUCCGAGGACUGGAUAUCCCAAAAAAUUGAAAAGACCGACCCUGUGCCCACAGAUCUAUUGGAACCUUCCAAUGGUCCCCUGUUGGACUGGCUGGAACCGGCACCUACGGUCCUCCCACCAGCCUCCGACAACAAGGCGGUUGCAGUGGAAGUCGUCCAGCCAGACGGUACCACGCAGCGAUACCCCAACGUCAAGUUCGUUGCAACACUCAACCCCCCAGUCAUCGUGCCCCAGGCUGUCUGCAAUGCAUUGUACAACCUGAGCGGCGCGCAGCCACCGCCGAUGAUGCUCCCAAGCUACACAUUUGACGGCAUAUCGUUCCCCAUCGUCGAUGGACAGAAUCAUGACGCUAGCGAGCUCCGUACGAUAUCCUGCGAGAGGGACGUCUUCGUCUCGGGGGCACCACAGCGACGCAGGCAUGAGAAUACGCUCUUCGUGUAUAAGCCUGUGUAUGGACAGACCAUCAAAGCUGGACAAAUCUAUCAUCACACGUGA